AGUAUCUGUGGAAGGCGAACUAUGAAAUUUAGCCAAAUACCUAAUGUCAACUGUCAAAUUCUGAUAAUCACACUAAAUAAUUUUCUUGUUUGAUGUUGCAUUUGAUGGGUUUGAGAACACAACUAUCCAUUAUCCGUACCGAAAUCUAAUAAAAUUCAUCAAUAUGACUUUGGGUACUUAUAACAGACACCAGGCGGAGAAGAAAAAGCAAGCUGCUUUAGCAGCAGCCUUUCCUCAAGGCAUACGUUGCCAAAAAUGCCUGGAAUAUGGACACUGGAGCUAUGAAUGCAAGGGAAAACGCAAAAUUUUAGUUCGCCCGUCGCGUACUCAAAUUCUUAAGAAGAAUUUAAAAAACAAGGAUGUAAAGGAAGAGGGCAACUGUAGCAAAGGUGCUUGCAAGAUACCGAACAAGAAGAAACGUCAAAACUCAGAUUGUUCUGACUGUUCAGACAACAGUUCUUCAUCUAGCAGUUCAUCAGAUUCCUCCUCAGACAGCUCAUCGUCAGGAAGCGACAGCAGCGAUUCCGAGAGUGACAGUGACAGCGGCAGUGAAUCAGAAUCUGGUAGCGAUUCUUAAAUAAUAGUUCUCCUAUAAAGUUCUAUUCAUAAGUUAAUUUAAUUAAAAUAAAGUGUCACAGCACUUUAUUUAUCUGAAUAUUUUUCAUUUUUAUUAUUUUUUCAUAUAAGUAUUGAGUAAUUAAAUAUGCUGGUCAUUAUAUAUAAUAUUUGUAUUCAACAAGAUUGCUCAUGCUUAACACAUUGUCACAAAUUGCUUAAAAGGACAGUCUAAUAUUUCUUCAGUUAAUCUACAACUAUGUGCAUGAUCACAUGUAAAAAUAAGUUCUGUGUAAGGUGGGUAGUACAUAAUUUUGUUUUUGUCUUUAAUAUUGUAUGUAUCGUCUUUGUAAUUCCUCAGAUGCUGAUAAACAAUUUGAAAAUAUAAUAGUAUUAGCUCAAAAAGAUUUUAUCUUAUUGUAUAUAAGUAUUGUAUUUAUAUUAGUUGGUCACAUUUGUUAAAAACAAGUCUCUCUAUAAGUAAGAAAUGUGAUUAAAGACAGCCAAGUUGUCUAAUGAUUUUGUGAUCUAAUUUCAGUCCCAUUUUAGAUUGAAUAUUGUUAAAUACUCAGCUUGUUUAUUGGUAAGAGGAUAGUUUAGCAUAACAUUUAUGAUUUAGUGAUUUAGUUAAUAAUAUAUGAAAUGAUUUUAAUAAUAUUGCUAGUGGUUUUAACAUUACAUUGACAUAACUGAUAAAAGGCUUUGUAAUAAAAUGCUGUAGUAAAACUUUAUAGAUAAGUAUUUAUAUCUGUGGUUUUAUUUUAUUUUCUUUAAAAUGUAACACUAUAUAAGAAAAAUGUAAGUGUUUAGGAGAAAAUAAAUCUUUUGCGACUAGUUAGUAACUUCAUAUGUCUGUAAAUGUAUUUAGAUGAAAAACUCGGUGGAAAAUUUGAUAUGAAAUGAUUUAAUUAAAAUUUGAACAUACAUUAUUUGUUUUAUUCAAAUAAAUUGUUAUUUUUUGUUUCAUAAAAAGAACAGAUUAAUAUUUUUUUUUGACAUCCGAUCAAUUUUUAAUUUUUAAUGAUAAUUUAAUUAAAAAAUAAUAAUAAAAAUUAGUGAUGUACGGUAGUCUAAUACUUCAUCAAGUGUUGAACAUCAUCAAUGAUUAUCAUAGUUGAUAUUUGAUAUAUUUGAAUCCAAUAAUAUAAGGACGUAACUAACACCCUCUCUCAGACUAAUUUGUUUUGUUAGUGGUGUUUCUAUUACCAAAUAUCUUCGAAACAGUAAAAAUGAAAAUCAGGUGAUUUUUUUGUCUAUAUUCAAUAUGUAAGUAUAUUAUAGUUUAAUGUACAAACAAUUUACAAUGUUCUCUCAAUAGUUCCAUUUGUUUAUAUCUGUACAUAACUUUGAUUUCGCUUUUGUGUAAGUCGGUAUACGUAUCAUGGGCCUAUUUAUACAUCAAAUAAAAUUAUAAAUGUCAGUAUAACAAAUAUACAAUUAAUUACCAAUAUAGUACAGAGAACAAAUAAAUUAAAUAGCAUCCACCACCCGUUUUUUCUUCUCUACCCAAAGAUUGUUCAGAAGUGAUUGCUUAAGCGAUAAGACCGCAUUUGUACCUACAUGUUCUAAAUAUUCAGUUUUUUAGAAUUUUUUUAAGGUGCGAUAGUGUAAUAAAUGAGUAGCGACAGAUCAUCCAAGGCAACGCUACAGUGGUAAGGUUAGAACCAUCAUGUUACAGGCUUGUAGAUGUUCAUUGUAACAGCAGGUAAAUUGUAAUUAGUCAUAUAUAAAAGGAUAUUUAGUAAGCGUCUCUUUUCUGUUUCGGAAAUUUCUCAAUUGUAACAUUUUUUUAUAAUCAUUUCACUAUUAGUUUUAAUCCUGUUACCUAUUGUCAUUUGCAUAUUGCUCAAGUAAGUUGAUUUGUAGAACAGUCAUAAAGAAAUUGCUGUGGUUUUGUUUAGCAGCUUUAUCAUCUACCAUACCUUCUAUUUUCAGGACAAUGAGAGAAUGUUGAAAGAAAAUGAAAUACUCGAUAAUCUCACAGCUUUUUUAAUAAGGCAAAUUAUACAUAUCACCAGAAAUAAAAAAAAACAAGUAAUUGAAACAUACUUUAAUUGAGAUUUUAAAAGCGAUAUAUUGAUCAAUAAAGCAUAAAUUAUCAUUCUGCCAUUUAUUACAAAAUAUAUCAAUUGCAUCACUGAUCUGAAAUACUGUACAGUAGGAUUACAUUCAUAUUAUUAUUAAUAGAAUUUAAAUACAUGGGUUGAGUUUGACCAAAGAGAAUUGGUUUGAAUAGGAAAUUUGCCAAGUGACCAAAACAUUUUGAGUAAAUUUAAAGGUCUUAUGGAUUUUUGUUUCCCUAAUGAAACUAAUUUAUUAGCAAAUAAUGUUGUGGAAGCGUAGUAAAUGAAUAUUUAUUAAUCAUACAAAUAUUUUCAUUGAUCUAUAAUAAUUUUCCAUAAUUAUGAUGACAGUGGUAACGAAUUUUUUUUAAUAUCAAUAGAUUUGAAUCAACAAUUGAAACACAACACAAAGGGCAAGUACUAAACUUAACAUUACUUAAUAAUAACUAAAUUCACAUUAUAACACCUAAAAAGAAAAACAGAGGCAUUGGUGGGCUAUUAACAUUAUAAAAAAUGUAUUGUAUAAAUUAUUUAGACGGAUAUUUACCGUGAGUAUAUUAUGAGCUUUGUCGACCUGUGAUUAGGCGACUUGGAGUUCAAUACUACUUAUAGCGGUAAAUAUAACGUAUAUAUAUUGUAUCAUAAUUGAGAAAAUGAAUACAGUAAAAAAAUAUACAGAUUAAAUUCACUGAUAUUUUAAUGAGAUUCCAAAUUAUCCAGUCAUCUCAUUUGAAACCUUAACAUUUAAUAUGUACGAUACAUGUAACUUAGCAUAUUGUAAAA